AACGCAGCGGACCUCCGCGCGCCGAGCCGCCUCGCAGGCGAGUUCCGGCUCGUGUCCCUCCAGGGGGGCGGGGCCCAGGCGCAGAUCGAGACAGGCCGAGAGUGCGGCAGGGAAGUGAUGGCGGCGGGCAAGGGCCACGGGCUCGGCCCACCUCGCGGCCGCGCGGCGGCGACGCCAGUCGAGGAGCUCGCGAAGGCGCUCAAUAACAAACCAGACCUCGACCCGUCGAUGCAGUGGGCCCUUCAGAGCUUCGCGGGGUUCCUCGAGCAGCUGGAGCAGCCGUGCGGAGUGACGUUCAUCGCGGAGGCGAUAGAGACGGGCCUUCGCGGGGCGAAGCUCCUCUACUCGAUCGACGCGGCCCCUUCGCUCCGCGCGGCGCUCCACCGGCAGCAGAUCGAGGAGGGCCAGAUCACCGAGAUCACGGGGUCCAAGGGGGAACUGUUCAAGCAGGGCGCGGCGCUGGCGCUGGCGCACUUGGGCGCUGAGAGGAGCCGAUCCGCGGGCCCGAAGGACGGCCUCGAGAGGGCCGCGGAGGCCCACCUCAACUGGCGCCGCGGCCAGUGCAUUGACAUCCACCCGCCUCCUUGCCCAGCCGCCGCAGGCGCCGCGGUGGCGCCUCAGGCAGCAGUGGCGACUCCCACUACAGGCAGCGCCUCGAAGAGCUUCAACUGCCGCGAGGGGAUGGGGCGGGCACGCGCGUCGGCGCUGCUCGAGAUGCAAAUCGAGGAGCUGGCGGCGGCGAUCGAGAAGUACAGGGGGGCCGGCGCCUACCUCAAGGACGGGGGCCGCCUGUGCAAGGGGCCGGGCCCGUGGGGGCUCGACUACACGAGGUGCCAGUGCGACGAGCUGGAGGGCUUCUUCAGCAAGUGGACGCACAGCAUCCACGGCUGGGGCUACGACGAGGUCGCGAAGGGGGGGGCGCCCAUGCAGGGCGCAGAGGGCAGCGCGGCGGCCGAGCCCGCGCCCAUCAUCGGCAUCCAGCCCCAGCGCCCGCCGCGCAAGUGCCCGAGCCCAGCAGUCAGAGGGUGGGCGACCUACGGCGUGAAGAUCACGGCGCAGGAGACGGCACAUCAGCCGCCGCAGCUCCACGCGACGCAGCAGCCAAGCAGCGACAUCUGGACGUGCGGCGAGGGCGCUGCGCGCGCAGCCGGGUGGGGCAUCUGCUGCAGCUCGAGCAGCCGCGCGAAGUGA